AUGAUUAGUUUUUUCAUUUUAAUUAUUUACUACGUAAAACUAUCCAACACCUUUACUGUUAUCAGUGAACCUUUUCCGCAUGCAAAUGAACAAUCUAUUUCAACAGAAUCUAAUUCAAUAGUUCUUCAAAUUCCACCACCACCAGUCUAUCUAGAAACUACUACAGAGUCUACAAGUAUUCCAUUAGAUCACGAACGAUAUUCAAACAACGAUUCAAAUCUACAAACGAAAUCUGCAACAUUAAAUCGCUUGAAACUGAAGUCAUUAUUUGCUAUGAUUUUACCUGGGCCUACAAAAAUGAACCCUUUAAUAUUGAAUAGGAAUCAAUCACCUCUUCUUUUACUGAUAUGGUAUCAGUGA